UGGGCUCGGAUUAUUCUCUUCUUUAGUCAAGAGUGAAACAAUACAGCAUGAUUAUUUUGGUAACUGUUACUCUGCUGCACGAGGUUUUAGCAGCUGCAGGUGUAGCCCUGGACCCAUGCUCGGCCUACAUCAGCCUGAAUGAACCCUGGAGGAACACGGACUACCACGUCAACCAGUCCUCUGGUGUGCCCCUGUGCGAUAGCCACGUGUCUGGGGAAUGGUACCGCUUCACGGGCAUGGCUGGAGAUGCCAUGCCCACCUUCUGCAUCCCCGAGAAUCACUGCAGCACACACGCCCCCAUUUGGCUGAACGGCAACCACCCGGCGCCCCACGAAGGCGUGGUCACCCUCCCCGCCUGCGCCAGCUUCAACGGCAACUGCUGCCACUGGAACACCAGUGUGGAGGUGAAGGCCUGUCCCAGAGGAUACUUUGUGUAUCGCCUGCCCAGGCCCUCCGUCUGCUUCCACGUGUACUGUGGUUACUUCUAUGAUAUCUGCGACGAGGUGGAAUGUGCAGGGCCCAGAUGUCCGGAGACUAACUGUCGCUGCGCGCCUGGAACCGUCCUGGGUCCGGACGGACAAACCUGUCUGGACGUCAAUGAAUGUGAAAAGGGCAACGGUGGCUGUGCAGAGCUGUGUGUGAACACCAAAGGCUCCAGGCGCUGUGAGUGUGGGCGGGGUCGGGUGCUGGACGAGGAUGGACACAACUGUAAAGAGAUCGCAGGUUGUCACGUCAACGAUGGAGGCUGCAGCCACGGCUGCUCCCAGAUGCCGGACUCCUAUCAGUGCCGCUGUCCCAGAGGACUGGAGCUGGCAGAGGACGGACGCACAUGCCAGGUGCCAGUCCAGUGUGAUUCCAGCUCUAUUACAGUAUCGGUUCCCAAGGACCUGGUUGGAGGACUGGAGCUGUUUCUGGCCAACUCUUCCUGUCGAGGUGUCUCCAACGGCACGCACAUCAACCUCAGCUUCAGCCUCAAGACCUGCGGCACAGUGGUGGAGGUGACCGAUGACAAAAUCGUGGGCACCAACCUGGUGACGGGCCUGCCCCGGAGCAGCCCAGGCAGCAGCAGCGACCUGAUCGUCCGGACCAGUAAGUUGGUCCUGCCCGUCACCUGCGAGUUCCCCAGGGAGUACCACGUGUCGGACGGGUACCAGGCCAGCCAGCGCAGCUCCUCCCUGGAGCUGGCGGGCCACAGCAAGGGAGUGUUCCGGUUCUACCUGGAGCUCUUCAAGAGCGCAGAGUUCUCCGAGCCCUACCGCACCCCGCCCCAGCUGCGCCUGCACGACUCCCUCUUCUUUGGGGUGGAGCCGAAGGAGAGGGUGGCGGGCCUCUUCGCUCUGGUGGAGAGCUGCUUCGCAACACCGGGGCCCAAAGCGGACCAGGCCGUCAAGUACUACCUCAUCAGAGACGGUUGCAUCUCUGAUGAAACGGUGACACAGUAUUCAUCAAAAGAUCAGCUUUCUAAGCACUUCCAGGUCCCAGUCUUCAAGUUCAUUGGCAAGGACAAUCAAGAAGUGUACCUGCACUGUCGAGUGCUGGUGUGCGGGGCGGGAGACGCCCGCUGCACCGAGCGCUGCCGGGGACGAGUUCGACGGGAGGUCCGGAUGGAUGAAACUCAGGAGCAGCGCACGCUGAGCACAGGCCCCAUCUACAUCCUGCCUUAGUCAUCAUGCAAAAAUUGUUUUAUCGACACAAACAAGCAUAACCAGGAAUAACAAACAAAGUAUUGACAACCUGACCAGUUUUAUCGUUUAUUUUCUUUGUAACAUUGGCAUACAUACACAGCAGCCCAUUGCACUGUCCCUUUUUAUCCCACAUACACACAAGUAGACUUCUACACACUCAGUCCUUUUUUUCAUAGUCCCCUUGUCGUUCAUAUUGCUGGUGAUGAUUUAACACAUUUAAGCCUGUGUAUCUUUACCACGUUGGCAGCAAAACUCACUGACAUUAAAAGUGACUGACAUUUCUAUUAGAAGCCAUUCAGAGGAGCCUCGGUUCACUUCAAGCUGCUACAGCAUGACGGAUGUUUUUCUAGGUCACACUUUGGGGCAUUUCUCAGAUUUGAUUACAGCUUAGAGACUUAGAGGAUUCAUAAGACUGAUUUAUAUUUUACACCAUCGCUGACUUGGAAAAUCCAAGCGGGACAUCCGCAGAUGCAUUCUGACUCGUUUGCUGAGCGUAAUCGAUGGCUGGGGAGCAUGUCACGCAUCACAGUGUGGCAGGAAGGGGAUAUUAGUAAGAUGCGCCAGUAACUUUAGCACAUGCUUCAUCACCCUGAGGAUUAAUCUAGAGGUAAUCAUGUCAGUUAAACUGCAAUUACUCUCACACUUAUUCCUAAAAAGUAACACAUAACUACCAUAAAACUUACAUCAAACAUUAACAAAGUAGUGUUAAUGAGCAACGCAGUUACGUAACACUGAGUUGGCCUUUGAGCAUGCAAGCUUUAGACAUUAGCAUGCAAUGAGCCCUUACUCUGACAAUUACUUUCUUCCUUUCAAUCAAGAGACAAUUAAUAAGACUGCAUAAUAAUCACCAUCUUCCUAUCAGCUGGUUUGUUUGGAGUCAUCAAGUAAUUUAUGCUAAUGGAGUCAUGGAGGCCUAAAUUUGGCCUAUAAAGAGGAGUAAAGAUGGUUAGAUAUGCAUGAGCAAUUCAUUAGGCUGCUGAAAGUCAUAUCCAGACGUGUAAUAUCUGUCACCACUGCAUAUUAAUAAAUCCUACAAAACAGU